AUGUCUCAACAAUCAAUUCCAACAACUUUUGACCAGUUCCUGGCAUCGCCAUUCGAACGCACUGUGGCCUUGUUAAGACCAAAUAAGGAGAUCAAGCAGUAUAUCAACUUCCAGGUUGCAAAGGUCACUAACUUGAUCAAUUCUCAAUUGACCCCGGCAAGGGUCGUGAAGGGUGGCUCCAAUGGCAAGGGUACCAAUCUGAUUGAUCGCAUGGAGGUUGACCUGGUUGUGCUCUUCAACGAUCUCGCGCCAACUGAAGCUGCCAUCACAGACAAGGUGAACAAGUUGGCUGAUUGUCUAAAGAAGGGACUCAACAUCCAGAAUGUCGAGCCUGGCAUCUACUAUGAGCACAAGAGUCAGCGUGACCAGGUGAUCACACGUAUCCGUUCGGUCAAACUCGAGUACAAGGGCAUCAAGUUUGACGUGUUGCCCGCACCCCUGCUCAAGAAUGGCUUCAUGUCCUUCACCACCAUGGAUCCCAAGACUGAGAUACCCUUUGCGUCAGCUGCCGCGUCACCACUCCAGGUCGAGUUCAUCAAACAGCAGCCGGCCAACUACAAGGAUCUCGUGCGUCUGGUCAAAUGCUGGCGCAACUUGAGUGAUUGGAAGUGGGACAAGUCAACGACGCCAUCAUCAUACUUGAUUGAGUUAGUCACACUCAAGGUGUUUGAAGAUAUGAUGACCACCAGCAAGUCACUUGUGGUGGAGGCUGCCUUUGCCAAAGUACUUGGACUGCUGGCUCAGCCAACGAUCGAGGUGUAUUGGCCACAGUUCUAUGUCAAGACUUGGAAGAAUGCGGCACAGUCGCAUCAAGGUCGACUAGUUGUCGAUCCCGCCAAUCCAACAAACAAUGUUGCCGAGGCUGUUACAGACUGGAAGUGGACCGUUGAGUACUCCAACUUCACUCUAAAAAGAUUGGUGGAACCAACCUCUUCAACUCCAUCAAAAGAUGGAUCAGAGUCAUGGUUGUACACUAUUGCCAUGGAGAAUAAUGAUAUGAAGAAGAAGUUGGAGAGUACUUUGGCAAAGGUUGAUGUCCAGAACCAAACAAUCACAGCUCAGGCCAAGUUGAUCACAGACUUGACUACCAGGCUUGAUGCCCAGGCCAAGAUUACCACCGACCUCACAACCAGAUGCACGUGGAUGGAGAACUAUUUGGCGGCCUCCAGGCCGGCAGUCUGUGAAACCUCAUUCAAUGGGAUGCCAAACACCAUCCCUAAAGCCUAUAGCGAGUUCACCAUGGAUGCUGUAUUCUCAAACAAAAAAUCGUGCAUUAUGGAUGGAAUACUUUGUAGCGCGACCUUGGGCAGUCAAGUGGACAAAGAUGGACAGUGUCCUCUGACAGUAUGGGUUGAGAAGCCUAGACGCAUUAAGAUGGUCUAUAAGCCAUCGGGUAUCUACUAUGAGUGUAAGGAAGCUGUUGGACCUUCACUAGUUAUAAGGUUCAAAUUGGAGAUGAGUUACCACAAUAAUUAUGGAUCGUUUGCUAUUACUUUCAUCAAAUAA